CCCUUCAACGAUGCGGUGGACGUGGCCAGGUGGGUGCUGGGCAACAAGGAGGCCGUGGGCGGGAGGAGUCAAAGUAUAGUGGGCGUGGCUGGAGACAGCGCCGGCGGGCAGAUCAGCUGCAGCGUGACCAAUGACGUCAGGGAAAUCGCCUUCCAGGUGCUGGCCUACCCGGUGACCGACGUGGCCUGCGACCUGCCUUCGUUUGACGAGUUCGUGGACAUCCCGGCGUUCAACACCAGGGCGAUGAAAGCCAUGUUCAACGUCUACCUCCCGUUCAUCCCCGACGCGGCCAGCAACCCGCGUGUCAACCCGUCUGCCAGGGUUGACCUGGAGGCAUCCCCGCCAACGCUUAUCGUACUCGCUCAACUCGAUCCACUCAGAGACUGGGGCGUGGCGUACGCCAAGAAGCUCCGCGACGCCGGGGUCAGAGUUGAAGAAGUCAUAUUUGAGGGCGUACCCCACGGAUUCUUCACCAUGCUUGAAUUCCCAAAGAACUUGUCCAAGGCUCACGAUGUUGUGGCUAAAUUCGUUGGUUCUUUCCAGUAGCGCCUACAAACAUUUGGGGCUCCGAGGAGACACGCGUGAGAACAUCGCGUGAUGUCUGAGAAGAUUUCUGCCCCAAACUCAAGAGCCCACGAAUCAUGGACUGUUUUCUUACGCAUUGCCGAACCUAAAAAUAAUCAGACUUUUUCAUGCAUACUAUUUUUACAAUUUGUGAUUUCGUAUCUCUAUCAAAAUAAUUGUAUUUUUUUGUGUAAGGCGAGACAACAAUAUUUACGGUUCUGAAACUAGAAACAAUUGAAUUAGUCUUAAACAGGGCCUGGACAGAAAUUAUAAAGAAAAGUAGAUUGAAUCGUACGAACAAUAUGGGGACAGU